AUGAAUAGUAUUGUUACAAAUAAAUCUGUAGCCUUGGCAAGAUUAAGAAUCAAAGUAAAGAAGGGACCAAACGGUAAAGAUUAUGAGUAUGAGUAUGUUUAUUACUACUAUGAUGAAGAUGAGGGAGAAGAAAUAACUAACGCUCAGACAUCUGCUAAGGAUUCUGCGGAUCAAUACCUUACCUCAGAAUCAUUCUUUAAUCAAAAAAACUCUCACUCUAAUAAAUCCUUAGUAAGAAAAAUAUUAGAUGAACCUGCCGUUAAUUCAAUGAGAUCAAAUUCUAAUAAAAGUAGGUUUGACCCACAAAAUAACAGUCUUAAAGAAGCCUGGACUUCCAAGCAGGGGAAUCAGGAAAACCUUACACUAGACAGUCUUAACACUACCAGUCACUUCCAAGUAGACUUUCAAAUGGUUUCUGUAAACAAUGCUGUUUUAUCAAACGAAAGAAGCAACAAGAGUCCAGUAUUUCCUUCAAGUUUACCUGAUGGACCAAUCAGAUUUUUAGGUGUAACGCCCAAUGAAAGUAGUGAAGAAAAAAAAACUUAUUCGUUCUCAGUUAAGAACACUACUCCUGUUGAAGAACGUGCAGAGCAACACAACAAUAAAACACAUAUGAAAGAGAGUGACGUAAGUUCUUUAACAUUAGGAUAUCUUGAAUCAAGUAAAGCAGUACAUAACAAAAAUUUUGAAAGACAGAAUAAGACCAUAGACAGUCCUGCACUUUAUAAUCAAAAUUACCUUAGUAGUCAAGGAAAUGAGCCAAUAAAGUACGAUUACAUUAUCAAUAAAUUAGCAGUCGAUUUGUAUGCUUUUUCGCAAGAAGGUCGUAGUAACCAGAAAGGUAUUUUUGGAAAUGUUCAGAAAGUCAAUGAAAGUGUUGUAUUUUUUUUAAAUAAUAAUAUCACAACAACUGGGCCUCUUGAAAAUGUUAGAAAACUUACUACCCAAAAUAUUAAAGAGUUAUUUGAUCACACAAUGAAAAACUCUACUGACAGUAGCAGCCUAUUACCAUCUACUUCCAGUACUAUACAUUCAGAUAUAAAUGUUGUGAGAACAUUGCCUGAUAAAGUACGACGUCCAGUUGACAGUUCAAUUUUUCUAUCCAAACAUCGUAUAAAAACGGAAAGUGCUUUACCUACUAUAAGUAAGUUUGAAAAAAAAACUAAUGAGUCAAGUGUUAUAAGAACUUCAACAAGCCAACCACAAAGUCAUAAUUAUAAUGGCCGUCCCAACGUGAGUGGAGUUAAACGCAACAGAUACACAAAUCAGAAAGAAUACUUGGUAUCAUCGACGACGGAAAACGUCCAAAAAGGGAAGACAAGUAGAUUACGUUUCAGAACUAAAUCAGUUCCAUUAGGAGAACGGAUCCGUAGUUCAACUUUUCGUUCGAAAUCCCAUUUGACAACAUCAUCAUUAUCAUUACAUAGUUUAAGAAGCCCCAGUGUUAGUACAAUACUUGAACAAACUACUGAUUUAAGUGAAACAUAUGAGCCAAAUGUUACUAAUAAGACUUUUAUGACCCACAAAUGGCGCAGAAUUCGUACAGAAGCUUCAUCCCAAACAUCUGAUUUAAAAAGUUCUGAUGAUUCUUAUUUGGACGAGUCAAAAGAAAUGACUUUUGGUAUAGAGGCAAACAUGGAAGCCCCGUCAUUUAUAGAAGUAGUUGAUGCAAACAAAGGGGCUUCGGGAGAAUCUAUUACUAAAGUGCAACCAUUGAAUUUGGAAUCCUACGAUGCUCUAAAGGACAUUGUAUUCGAUGGCGUUCCGAAAAAAAUAGUCAGGGACGUCCACCAGGAACCAUAA